UGUUUUGUAGUGGUAAGAGUUUUGGAAAUGUAAUUUUUUUUGUUUUCAUUUUCGAAAAGCAUUUUCUAACAAAAUGAUGAUUCAGCGGCAACGACUUUUAUUUUAAAGUCAUUUAAAAGUUACUGGCCAGGAUGUACAGUGCGUGAUGUGCUUGUAAAUAGUAACUAAACUUGAAGAGGACAGGCGAUUUAUAUCCCUCGACGGGGUUUAAACUGCACUGCAAGGUGUGAGAAUGCUUCCUGCCUUCACGAGCCUCGGACACUUUUCCACAACUACGAUGAGGAGAGCAGCGUCUGAGUUUCGAAUGACUGUCCCGUGGGGAGAGGUGAGAGGUCAGGUUUGGGGUCCUUCUAAUGGUCGUCCCGUGCUGUGCUUGCACGGUUGGGCUGACAACUGCGGGACAUUCAGUACCCUGAUUCCACUGCUUCCUAAAGACUGGAGAUUCGUAGCCAUUGACUUUCCAGGUCAUGGUCUCUCGUCUCAUAGGCCUGAUGGAUGCCUUUACACCUUCCCUUUGUAUGUGGCAGAUGUUCGGCGAGUUGUAGAAGCUCUUCAGUGGAAGCAAUUCUCUAUCAUUGGACAUAGUAUGGGUGGGAAUGUGGCAGGAAUAUUUAGUGCCUUGUACCCAGAGAUGGUUGAUGCUGUAGUUCUCUUGGAUAAUUAUGGAUACCUCCCAACACAAAUGACUGAGAUGUUUAAGAACAUGAGGAAAGGGAUUAAUGAUCAAAUCCACUAUGACAACAAGACGGAUGAGAGGAAAGAGAGGGUGUACACGUAUGAGAAAGCCAAAGAAAGAUUGAAGGCUGCAAACCCCUCCCUUUCCGAUCCGUCUGCAGACAUUCUGUUAGAGCGAGCUGUCAGAGAAGUCGAGGGAGGAUUUGUGUUCUCCAGAGAUUUCAGGAUCAACUUGAAAAACAUUGUGAAUAAUAAUAUAGAACAGUGCCUCCACAUGUUGUCACUAGUUAAAGCCAGAGUGAUGCUACUGCUGGCAAAAGACGGUCUAUUCAAAACGUUUACUCUACCUAAUGGAUAUGGUGAUUUGAUUCAGAAGAGCUGGGUUGAUCAAAAAGCCACCAUUCUUAACAUAGAAGGGGAUCAUCACAUUCACCUCAACAAACCUGAGUCUGUAGCCUCCAUAAUCACUGAUUUUCUUCAGUCACACAGUCCUGACGAAACAGAAAAUCAGUCUUCCAAAUUAUAGCACACACAUGCCAAUUCAAAUUAUUCAAAUAAUGAAGUAUACUGAUUCAAAAUAUUCGCACCAUUAACCAAUUCUCGUAAUUUUGUAUGAUACUGUGAUGUUUUAAGUCAAAUUAAUUUUUUCAAUUUACAAAAGGUGUUUUAUUAGAAAAUGUUCAGAACGUUUCCAGUAUUUUCGCUAUCCAUUUGUCUUCCAUUUUUAACAAGAUGUUCAGUCCCUGCUGCUGGAAAUCUCCCUCACAGCUUGAUGUGACCACAUUCACACCUCAUAGUAGGUAUGGUGUUUUUUGAGAUGUGGACCGUGUUAUAUUGGCAAAAUACAAAAUAAAUGCUGCUGACAUACAUUAAUCAGUAUUCAAAAAAUAGAUUUAGUGCUGAACUGGCUUUAUGCAUUACUAGAUUUAAUCUAUUCAAAGAGAAGCUGGCUAUAUGGUAUGAACUAAAGUUUUUUUUGAAGGCA